AUGAAUGGGCUCACAGUGCUCCAGGAAGAGCCAUCAACCAUCUUGCUCAAGGUGUCCGAAGCAUCCGUCUACUUGGAAGAGGACAGUCGGCUCCAGCUCCGGGAGAGAGGAUUCCGGAACAAGUUGUUCAUCCACUACCAAGCCCGACCUCGCCACCGGAAAAAGCGACUAGAAGCGGUUCGAAACUCGGUUUCACCAUCACCAUCUCGAUCACCACCAAAAUGUGUCGACACUCCAGAUGAUCUCAAACCAAGAAGCUCCAAUGAGUCCCCAAGAAAGAAAUGA